UACGGGACUCACUCCAGCAGCAGUGUGUCCUCCUUAAACAAACCCGAGCAAUGCGCUUAUUUCCCGCACCCAUCGCCAGGGAGACACGCUCCGCGAUGAAAUGAGCCGUUUAAACCGGGAAACUUUUCAAAUCAUGGCCGAGACGGUGGAAAAGUAAAGUGAGACGCCUUGAGUACGGACUGCGCGCUGCUUUUGCGUACUACAUGCACACGAGUAUGCACGAGCCCAGCUGAUCGAGACUCGAACCCCGGCGUUUGACACGAAGAACCGUUAUCACUCGACUCGACAUUACUGUUCACUCCAGAAACGGCUGAAAUUAGCUAAUAAGUGCAGUUCCUGAGAUAAUUAAGGAUGGCGGGGAAGCUGACAGCUCAAGGCGCGGGAAUAUUGCUGGUGACGGCCAACGUUGGAUCGCUGUUUGAAGAUCUGGAGAAUCUACAGAAGACGUGGCUGCGGGAGUUUUACCAGACCGUUCAAGCACACAGGCCUCAUUUUGUGGCGGUUCACUGUCAGGAAGUUGGUGGGAAGAAUUAUGAAGCGUCCAUGACGCAUGUGGACAGCUUCAUCAAAGAGCUGCUGUCCAGUGAAGCCAUGAAGGAGUUCAACCGAGCGCGCGUCUACCUCGACAAGAACUACAAAUCACAGGAGCAGUUCACAGCACUGGGAUGUUGCUACUUCCUCCACGAAUCUUUGAAAAACAUCCAGCAGUUUGAUUUCAAAGCCAAGAAGUUCAAGAAGGUGGUUGGUAAGGAGAUUUACUCUGACACGCUGGCGAGCACCGGCAUGCUGGAGAAAGAGAAGUUUCCUCAAGACUAUUUUCCUGAGUGUAAGUGGUCCAGGAAAGGCUUUAUCAGAACUCGAUGGACUUUGGCUGACUGUGCCUUCGACCUGGUCAACAUCCACCUGUUUCAUGAUGCAUCUAAUUUGGUGGCGUGGGAAAAAAGUCCCUCUGUCUAUUCAGGCACGCGACAGAAAGCACUCGGCUACAUACUGGACAGGAUCACAGAUCAGCGUUAUGAGCGGCUGCCGUAUUUCCUCUUCGGUGACUUUAACUUCAGGUUGGACUCCAAGCAGGUUAUUGAGAGUCUGUGCUCGACUGCCACCAUGCAGACGGUGAGAGCGGCCGACACCAAUGAAGUGGACAAACUCAUCUUUAGAGAAUCAGACAAUGACCGCAAGGUCGUCUUACAGCUGGAAAAGAAGUUAUUUAACUACAUAAAUCAGGAUGUUUUCCGGGAAGACAAUGGAACUCUGCUUUUAGUGUAUGAUAAGGAGCUGUCCGUCUUUAAAGACCGUCUUCAUGAGCUGGAGAUCUCGUUUCCUCCCAGUUAUCCGUACAGUGAAGACAGCAGUCAGGGGAAGCAGUACAUGAACACUCGAUGUCCCGCCUGGUGUGACCGAAUCCUGAUGUCUGCCUCGGCCAAAGAUCUGCUCAUAAAGUCAGAGAAUGAGGAGAAGUCAAUAACAUAUGACAACAUUGGACCCAACGUCUGUAUGGGGGACCACAAGCCGGUCUACCUGUUCUUUCGGUUAAGCACAGGGGCAGGUAAACCUCAUGCACAUAAGCACAAGUGUUGUGUGGUGCAGUGAUGUGGGAGAUGUUGCCAAAGGCUGGAGAAGAUUUCAUGAAAAGCACCCCUGUGAGAAACAGUUGGAUGGACGGACACACACACACACACACACUCACACAGAAGAGCCUGUAGAGACUUCAGCAGGAUUGUCCGGUCGCAUUUAUCGCAGUGCUGUCGCAUCCAUAGAAACGACACAUUUACACAUCAUGAACGCUUCAAGAGUUCACAGACGCACGUGUUCUGCAUCGCUGCAUUUCCUCGAAACACCACGAGACAUUGUCACACAUCUUUGCCUUGUUUCCAAAACUCUAAUAGAACAUGAGAAAUACUCUACAGAUUUUAAAAAGCAUACUUGCAAGUUUUAGAUACGUAUCUCUCUACAUAUGAUGAGCUUCUUCCAUACAGUAUAUAAGAUGUUUUAAAAAGUGCAAUGCAAACAAUGUUGUUGUAUAUCUCUAUUAUUAAGUUUAUUUGUACAUUGGAAUAUAACAUAGAGGCGUGUUGAGUUUUAGUGCUGUUUUCUAGACUUCCUCUGUUAGAAUAGAUAGGUUUAUUCUUUGCAAAUAUUUGUAUGAUUUUUUUUUUCUUUUAGUUUGUUUGGGUUUGAUUUUUUGCCGACUUGUGUCGUAACACUCUGCCAUGCCUCUACAGCCUCUCAUUUUAUAUACUGUAUUUUUUAAAGAGAUAAUUUAUAAUACGUACCAAAAUUAUGCUGAUUAUGAGACAAACGGCUGCUUUGGUGUUUUGUCAGCUCAAAUGUUUGAAUAGUUAUAAACAAAUAUCUAAUACCACAUCAUAUUUUUCAACAGAUGCCAUUUUAGCCAAUAUGAUAUAUAUAUAUAUAUAUAUAUAUAUAUAUAUAUAUAUAUAUAUAUAUAUAUAUAUAUAUAUAUAUAUAUAUAUAUAUAUAUAUAUAGCCAGUUUAAAGUGUUUUUUCUUUCCUUAAAGCAGUGCCAUAAGCCAUGCAAAUAUAUAAGAUAGUUUGGUAUAUCAGUCAUGCUCGGUUAUUCCAGUACUGUUCUUACUCUUAACUUAUUUCUGUGUAAUAAUGAUAAGGUUCUGAAUGUGAUGUUUUAAAUAGGCUUGGGUAUCUUAAAAUAGCUGAAUCCUUUUUCUUUUUCUUUCUCUUUGUUUUUCUUUGUAAGAUUAUUUUUGUUAUCUUAUUGUGUCAUGAUGCCAACUGUUGAACACACAGUCAAAUGUAGAGUUUGAGUUCAUCCUCACAUUGUGCAGUCCAGCUUUAAGGGGGAAAAUACUCUAAAAAUUAAGGCCCGGGAGGAAUAGCUUUUCAGUGUACUUUACAGUGUCCAUUUUACACACAUUAUACAUUUAUAUGUUAAAUUACUAGUAACUGUAAUAAUGUGUAAUCACACGCUGUUCCACAUAUUAAGUACAUGUUGUUAGAAUUGCUCAGUAUUAACAAAAUUACAAUGUAACAUGAACACUGUAAAGUCAAAUGUUACAAUUUCCGAUGAAUUCCUUCAAAGCUGUUUAAAUGUCCCCUACUAUUGAUUUCAUUCAUUACACUACAGAGAAUCCACUCGAUUGAUCCUUGAUUUCUAAAUCACCAUCAGUGGGAAUGAUUUUGUGUCACCUUGACAGUAAUUUGGUUAGAUAAAACUGCUUGUUAACAGUUUUUUUCCUGCAAGUCAGGUGAUACAAUUCACUCUUUUCUUUAAGCAGAUAAAGAUGAGACCUCAUGGAUGGCAAGACCUCCAAAAGCAAUAAAACCAUCUGAAUUCAAUGGAUGAAUGAAUGAAUGAGUGCCUCUUUGUCAUUAGUCAAGCAAACCCGUAAUCCCACCAAAUACAGCUAAACCAGCUUUGGCAUUUAUAUAUUUUACAUCAUUAUAGAUGAUGAUGCCUAUAGGGUAAGAAAUAAUAUUAUAAAGAUGUUUUGUGGUUGUUUAUAAUUAUUAUUACAAUCAUUAUCAUUCGUAAUGAAUAUUGUUCUCAUAUUGUAAUUAUAUUGCUGAAAUGAAUGUGAUAUUAUUGAAAAUAUUAUUAUAUUGGUAUGACGGAAUGGCCAGCUCCAGGAUGUCCUGCUUAAAAUGUCUCAGGAGAAAAUCGCAUGCGUGGAAAGACACUUGUGUCAUCACAUGACAAUUGCAAAACAGUCUCACACAUGUAUCAUAAUGUUCAGAAAACACUUAUUAAACAUUCAUUUGUACAA